AUGUUCUCCGUCACCACCACUCCAAAGGAGGUUGUGGAACGCCGCCGGGUCAAAGAAGCCAGCGCCAACCGAUGGGCCCUCAGAAAGUUGAAUGAGGAGGAAUUCAGUGCGGCAAUAAAUGCCGCACUAAUAGCGCGAGAAAAGGGGGACGGGAGUCUGACCACGGUAAGGGAGUGGCUGCAUGGGGCGUUAGUUAAGGCGUCUGAUGCGGCCAUGCCCAAAAGAAGGCUUGCCCAAACUGAAGCAGCCGAGUACGAAAAGGCGUGGGGCGUCUACAAAGAAGCAAGAGACGCCCUACGCAUUGCCAUAAAAGAGGCCAAGUCCAAGGCAUGGGAGGAGUUGCUCUCUACGCUGGAUGAGGAUCCGUGGGGGCGCCCCUAUAGACUCGUUCUAAACAAGCUAAAAGGAGGGGCGUCACCAAUAACGGAGACUCUGGACCCCAGCUUCGUCAGUGAAGUGGUGGACACCCUGUUCCCGAUGCGGGAUUUGGAAGAAGAUCCGAUCCUGCAGAGGAAGCAGGAGUGGGACGAGGCGAUGAUGGGGCUCACAGCGGGAGAGCUGCAGAGGGCCGUCCGAAAAAUUAAAAAAGGAAAAGCUCCUGGUCCGGACGGUUUUCACGGUAGGGCGUGA